AUGAAGUCUGCCGGUACAUGUCUUACCACCACGGCCACCACCAGCUCUACCACUAGUCAAUCGUCGUCUGCCCCGGAAUCUGAGAGGCCAUCAAUUGUUCGUGUGGGGUUUUAUGAAAUUGAAAGGACUAUCGGAAAAGGAAAUUUUGCUGUUGUCAAACUUGCGAAACACAGGAUCACCAAAACACCGGUUGCUAUAAAAAUAAUUGAUAAAAAUAGACUAGAUGAAGAUAACCUGAAAAAAAUCUAUAGAGAAGUUCAAAUUUUAAAAUUGCUUGAUCAUCCUCACAUCAUUAAACUUUACCAGGUUAUGGAGACAGCCAAUAUGUUAUACAUUGUGUCGGAGUAUGCAGAAAAUGGAGAAAUGUUUGAAUACAUUGCUAAAAGUGGUAGGCUGUCAGAGAUGGAGGCUUUUUCAAAGUUUAAACAAAUUGUCGAAUCAGUGGAAUAUUGUCACAAAAACCAUGUAGUGCACAGAGAUUUGAAGGCUGAAAAUCUUCUACUGGAUGCAGAUAUGAACAUCAAAAUUGCAGAUUUUGGAUUUGGAAAUUUUUUCAUGACGAAUCAACACUUGAGUACCUGGUGUGGCUCUCCCCCAUAUGCAGCCCCAGAAGUUUUUGAAGGGCAGAAGUACUUGGGCCCUCGAGUCGAUGUCUGGAGUUUGGGAGUGAUUUUGUACGUGCUGGUUUGUGGUUCACUGCCGUUUGAUGGACAGAAUCUUUCUACUCUAAGAGACCGAGUUCUUGCUGGAAGGUUUAGGAUCCCCUACUUCAUGUCCACUGAUUGUGAAAACCUCAUAAAAAAAAUUCUCGUUGUGGACCCAAAACGUCGCUAUACAAUAUCCCAAAUUAAAAAACACAAAUGGAUGACAUCUAAAGAAACUUUGGAACCUCCAAAAACGAGUCUGCUUACGGAAGGCUGUCCAAUAAAGAGAGGAGCGAGGGAGAUGGAUGAAUGUGCUCUGAAACUUAUGCAAAAUUUAGGAAUGGACCGUGCCAAGAUAACUGAAGCUGUUCGAAGUGACGCCUUCAACCAUUAUUCGGCCAUUUACUUUCUUCUUCUUGAAAAACUUCAGAAGCGAAGAGCAGCAUAC